UACCAAAGGUCCAAAAACUAAUAAAAAGCUCAGCCACGUGCAAAAUCCUUGGGCACGUGCGUGAUUUCAUAAUGGUUAUCUUUCAUUGAGGCAUUUCGUCGAACACCAUGUAUGAAUCGGAAGAGGCUGUUUGGUUUUGCUCUACGUAGCCCGCCAUGAUAUCUCUCCUUAAAGCUCGGGAGAAGCUUCUAUCUCCUCUCUUCAGUUCCACCAUCCGCAGACUCUCUUCUAGUCUCUCCUAUUCUCGUGAAGAUUCGAGAGAUUCUGAAGUCUUGAUACACCCAAGUGCUGAUGUUCACCCAAGUGCUGUGAUUGGCAAGGGAGUUUCAGUUGGUCCAUACUGUACAAUUGGCUCUUCAGUGAAGCUAGGCAAUGGCUGCAUACUCUAUCCUUCUAGCCAUAUCUUUGGAAACACUGAGUUGGGGGAAUCUUGUGUUCUCAUGACUGGUGCUGUUGUUGGUGAUGAGCUACCUGGAUAUACAGUCUUAGGAUGCAAUAACAUCAUUGGUCACCACGCCGUGGUUGGGGUUAAAUGUCAAGACUUGAAGUACAAGAAUGGGGAUGAAUGUUUUCUUUGCAUCGGUAACAACAAUGAAAUUAGGGAGUUCUGCUCAAUUCACAGGUCAUCAAAGCCCAGUGAUAAAACGGUUAUUGGUGACAACAAUCUAAUCAUGGGUUCUUGUCAUAUUGCCCAUGAUUGCAAGAUUGGUGACCGCAACAUAUUUGCCAACAAUACCCUUCUUGCUGGCCAUGUGACAGUAGAAGACUAUACACACACAGCAGGAGCUACGGUCAUCCACCAGUUCUGUCAUAUUGGCUCCUUUGCUUUCAUUGGUGGUGGAUCUGUGGUUUCACAAGAUGUUCCAAAGUACAUGAUGGUGACUGGAGAGAGAGCCGAGCUUCGCGGUUUGAAUCUGGAGGGACUAAAACGAAACGGAUUUACCAUGUCAGAGGUGAAGAGCUUAAGAGCAGCCUAUCGUAAGAUAUUCAUGUCUACCGAAACAGUUUCGUUAAGUCUUGAAGAGCGUCUCACGAAGUUGGAACAAGACCAAGAGCUAUAUAGCGUUCCUGCAGUAUCCGCAAUGUUGCAGUCAAUCCGAGAUUCUUUCACAGAAACUCGCCGUGGGAUAUGCAAAUUUAGGCAAUGGCUUGAUUCCUGAGUUUCAAUCUAAGAGACUUCGCCUAGGCAUCCAUUGAUUAGCAAUGGCUUAUAAUUAUGCUCGACACCAUUUCUUCCAUUGGAUCUGUAAUAGCCUGUUAUGUAGCUUUGACUAAUCGCAUAACAUUCUUAUAUUCACUUGUCGUUAUAAAAUGACCCAUACAAAAAUA